AUGGUUUCCUUCACAACAGCACUCCUGUCCCUGCUCCCCCUCGCCGCCUCUCUCGCCAGCGCCACUCCCAUCGAGAAGCGCCAAACGUCCACAACAGUAUCGGCGACCUUCAUCGGGGCGGCAGACGCCCAAUACACGCUGCAAAUCCCCGCGAAUAGCGAAUGGUUCCCCACCGACAACCCGCUGAGCAUCUCGCACAUCCAGACCUCGGCGGGCGCGUCCUGUGCCUUCUUUGGCGUGGACGGAGCCGUGAUCGUCUUGCCGGCCGCGGGCGGCUAUGUCGACGUUGGGCCGCCGCAAACCAUGGCCGGUGGCGUUUGCGGCCCGUUCCCAGGACAGAACUAUGGCAUGUGGUGA